AGAACUCCAUCUCUUACCCAACCUCCCCACUAUAAAGGAUCCUCCCUCCGGGAUCAUAUCCAAAGAGUUCUUUAUAUAUAGCUAUAAACCCAAGCCCCCAUCUCUCGUUCUCAUUUGCCCUCUAAAGCUUCAACCCACUUUGUGAUCAGCAUCCUUCGUUGAUCAUGGACUCGACAUGGAUCGAUCGCACCUCGCUUAGCCUUGAUCUCAAUGUCGGCUCUCUCCAGUUUCCCGACGAAGUUCCGAAAGAGUUGCCCAGAAGUCCCAGGCACGAGGAAGAGGGGUUUUUGAUGAAAAGAGAGGCUGGGGUUCUCCAGGAGGAGAUCAAUCAGGUGUGCCAAGAGAAUAAAAGAUUGAAGGAGAUGCUUGCCGUCAUGUAUGAAAAUUAUGCCAAUCUAAGGAGCCGGCUAAUGGAUCUAAUGACCACCACCGCAUCCUCGGAGGGAGGGUCAGUCUCGCCCACAAGGAAGAGGAAGAGUGAUAGCCUCGACAUGAAUGGCUGCAAUGAUGUGGCUAAUGAAAUGACCAACUGCAAGAUUGAACGCAACUCGAGCGAAGAUAUCUGCAAGCGAGCGAGGGAAGAUUGUAAGCCAAAGGUUUCAAAGCUCUAUGUUCGAACCGAUCCAUCGGAUUCAAGCCUUGUUGUAAAAGAUGGGUAUCAAUGGAGGAAAUAUGGUCAGAAGGUGACCAGAGAUAACCCAUGCCCAAGAGCCUACUUCAGAUGCUCCUUCGCUCCUAUUUGUCCUGUUAAGAAGAAGGUGCAAAGAAGUACGGAGGAUAGAUCAAUUCUAGUGGCAACUUAUGAAGGCGAGCACGAGCAUGGCAAUUCUUCCCGGCCUGCAGCACCCGAUGGUUCUAGCAGCGGUGGCUCGGUCUCUCGCCAUUCUUCGGGCCGGAACAGCAUUACACUUGAUCUCACACGACCGGGAUCACGACAGGAGGUUGAGUCACCACAGCUUCCGCGGAGUUUGGUGGAGCAAAUGGCUUUUUCAUUGACGAAGGAUCCAGGGUUCAAAGCAGCACUAGCUUCAGCCAUUUCUGGGAAAGUUCUUCAGCUCUCUCCUCCUAGGAAUAAGUGAUCAGCAGAAAUUGAUCAAGCUUCUAUUUUCUAUUUCCUUAGAUUUACUUUUGGGUUGCUCUAGCUCUUCAAGGUGAUAAGGUGAUGAAGAGAUGGGUGACUCUUAUGUAAAUAGAAUUUUGUUAGCAAGAGACAUGGAAAUUUUAUUUAGAUGGGAAAAUGAACACCUGAUCAGUUGCAUGCUCGUGCCUUCCCUUUUAGCUAGCAAAAUCCAAAUGAAUUAAGUUAAGGAAUUAUAUGUACUUGCCAAUUUCCAAUGUGAUACAGUUUCUUCCGCUGUAUAUUUAGUGUUGGACUUGUUCUACUAUAA